GGGUCCUACUUCCGUCAAUAUGGUCCAGCAAGACUGGAACCUCAUCUCCUCGUAUGCAGGCCUGCUCAGCCUCGCGACAUUCUCUGUAUACGCUGGGUCGUUUGGAUCACUCAAGACACUGCCCAAACCUCGCGAUGUAACUACUUCGAAGGACGACAGCGAAGAUGAAGACGAAGAGGAUAUGCCUGAUAGGCUGUCCUCUUCAGACGCCCUUCUCUUUCCAAUAAUAGGCUCGGUCGUCCUUUUCGGCCUUUACCUCGUCGUGAAGUUCCUCGGAGUUGAAUGGAUAAAUUGGGUUCUUGGAUGGUAUUUUACCAUUGCAGGGGUGGGGAGCGUCUGGAAGUGUUCAAUAUCCAUAUGUAAAAGUUCGUUUGGACCCAAGCGUUGGAGUAACUUUCACAAGUGGAGACUUCUUGUUCGUAAGGGGCCCGAAGAACUUAUCACACUCUCUAUUAGAACGCCAUCGCUUGUUCUCUUCGUUCCUUCGAUCAUUCCGUCAUUUCUAUAUACUUAUCAACCUGGACCCAAGAAAUCUGCAUUAUUGACCGACAUCCUGGCUCUAUCAUUCUCUCACAAUGCACUAUCUAUCAUGAAGCUAGAUACAUUCCAGACUGGGAUUAUCCUACUAUCCGGGUUGUUCCUGUAUGACAUCUGGUGGGUCUUUGGUACGGAGGUGAUGGUCAAGGUUGCAACGUCGCUCGAUGCGCCUAUCAAAAUUCUAUGGCCCAAGUCUUACGUCUUCUCCCCUGACGGAGGCUUCACCAUGCUCGGACUAGGCGACAUUGUCAUUCCUGGGAUGUUCGUCUCUACCGCGUUGCGCUACGAUCUCAGCAAGUCCGCGCACAAGGACCCCAGGCAGCCGUUCGCAAAGCCAUAUUUCCAUCCAGCGCUCACGGCAUAUGUGCUAGGGUUAGCCGCGACUAUGGCGGUCCUGCAUGUCUUCGGCGCCGCCCAACCGGCGCUACUAUACCUCAGCCCCGCUUGUAUAUUGUCCUUCCUUGUGACGGCGAUUACAAAGGGCGAAAUUAGAGAUGCUUGGAAAUGGAAGGAUGAGGCAGAGGCUUCAAGUGACGACGGGGCAGCUAAAUCGUACCCCAAGUCUGGCCCUGGGGCAUCUGAAGGCUCGAACACGAUGUCGGCAGAUCUAGAUGGUGCCGCAAACGAUGGCAAUGACGGUGGCGGCAGUAAUGGAAUUAGAAAACGGAACCAUACUGGUACUGCGGGGAACUGAGGAAGAUGUACGUGAGCAGGAAUUUAUACUCAAGCUUCUAGGUUCUUGGGCGGUAUAUGCCUGCUCGUUGCAUAAGACCAAGUCAGGUGUGCUCUUGCGAACUUGUAAACGGAUCACUUGACUUUGGGCGUUGUUUCCGGGACCUGUCCUUAUUUCAUUUCGACAUACCGCGCAAAUAACGAACGUGCUUUGAGGAACAAGAUGAGCCACCAUUUUAUGUGUAUCAAGGCAUUAAUUUCCGAUCAAGCACAGCGCUGGCAGGUGGUAAGUAAGUAGCAUUCAUCUUUUAUCAUUGAUAUUUCAUUACGGCGUCU